GUCGUGGCUCUAAGCGGUAGCACGACAUAGUGCAUAAAACAUGUCUCCGAAACUUUUAUAUGUACUCUUUUUCGUUUUGUUAUGUUGUGGAGUGCCAUGUAGUGGACAAAAGAAAAAAGAGACGCUGCUCUCUGAGAAAGUUAGCCAGAUGAUGGAGUGGGCCAGUAAGAGGGCUGUCAUCCGAAUGAACGGAGACAAAUUCAGACGGUUUGUCCGAGCCCCUCCGCGCAACUACUCAGUAGUUAUCAUGUUCACUGCCCUCCAGCCGCAGAGACAAUGUGGAGUAUGUAGACAAGCAGAUGAGGAAUACCAAAUUCUGGCCAACUCCUGGCGGUACUCCAGUGCAUUCACCAACAGGAUUUUCUUCGCAUCUGUAGAUUUCGAUGAAGGCACAGAUGUCUUUCAGAUGCUGAAUAUGAACUCCGCUCCGACCUUCAUCAACUUCCCGGCCAAAGGAAAGCCCAGACGGGCCGACACCUAUGAGCUGCAGGUCCGAGGAUUCGCGGCAGAACAGCUGGCCCGAUGGGUGGCCGACAGAACCGACGUUCACAUCAGGGUGAUCCGACCUCCAAACUAUGCAGGACCAUUGAUGCUGGGCCUGCUCUUGGCAGUCAUCGGGGGUUUGGCCUACCUGAGACGGAACAAUCUGGAAUUCCUCUACAACAAGAAUGUCUGGGCCUUCUCAGCAUUGUGUUUUGUUUUGAUAAUGACCUCUGGGCAGAUGUGGAAUCAUAUUAGAGGACCGCCGUACGCACAUAAGAAUCCCAACACAGGCCAAGUGAGCUACAUCCACGGCAGCAGCCAGGCUCAGUUUGUCGCAGAGACUCACAUUGUUCUGCUCUUUAAUGCGGCCGUUACUUUGGGAAUGGUGCUCCUGCAUGAGGCAGCCACAUCCGACAUGGACAUCGGGAAGAGGAGAAUCAUGUGUGUGGCGGGAAUCGGCCUGGUCAUGCUCUUCUUCAGCUGGCUGCUCUCCAUCUUCAGGGCCAAAUACCAUGGCUACCCCUACAGUUUCUUGAUGAGUUAAAGACAGACACCAGAGAGGAGACCGGUCUCUCAGCCGAGGAGUCGUCCAUCAGAAACCAAAUUCUGAACACAAACCUGGGAGUUCAGACGUGCCUUAUCGUUUCAGAAUAUUGAGUCAACCUGUGUUUUUUCUUUUUAUUUAAUUUUGCCAGGAAAAUAUUUUCUCUAUGUUAACCAGGUGUUUUUAAAACAUUUUUAAAAAUUUGACAUGUGCACUUGACC